GGAUGUAUAUUCAGAGUCUGGUGCAAUAUUAGAAAUUGCAGAGAAUCAAAAGCCUUCAAAAGAUUGCACAGAUGAUAAUGGGAACUUUUUUAAUGAUGAAUCACUCUUCAAAAGUCUUAGUUUUGGUGCUGGCAAUGCUUUAUUUGAUGAUGAUGAUGAGGAUGAGGACUCUGUUACAAGCACAAAAAACACUGAAAUGAAAUGUACCAAUGGGUAUGUCACAUUCCACUACAGUGCCUUUUUUUAUAUAGUAAAAGAGCUUGACUCUCUUCUUCGUGGGAAACCAGAGAAAAAAAAUUUGGAUUUGGAGAACUGCCCAGGGCUGAACAUUGCCAUUAAGACGAGGGGGAUGACAGCGAGUUUCCUUGUAAAGUCUUCUUUUGCUUUUGGGAAGCUUGGAUGUCAGCCGAGAAUUCCUAGCAAUGAGACAAUUCUGUAUGAAAUAUAUGUUAUCUCAUUUAUUGAUUGUGAUGCAGCGGAUGUUUAUGAGAAUUUGGACAGUAAGGAAGAGCAUGCUGCCACAUUUCAAGAGAAGUUGGAAGCUGCCCGUGGAUUCCAUCGCAAGGGUAAUGAACAUUAUCAUGAAGGAAAUCUAUUUGCUGCAAAAGAUGCAUAUUUUCGUGCUGCUUGGAUCAUGGAGGAUGCUCAUCUAAAGGAUGAGAAAGAGGAGGAAGAAAGAGGAACUCUUCUAAUAAAAAUGCACAGUAAUUUAGCACAGGUGUUUCUGGAUAUGAAUGAGCCAGCUCGAGCAUGUACUCGGUGCAAUAAAGGCUUAGCUGUAAGAGGGGUUCAUUCAAAAGACCUCAUUGCUAAAGUGUAUUUCAGAUAUGGAAAAGCCAAGUGUAUGUUGCAUGAUUUUAAAGGUGCACGUAAAGCACUCUUGCAUGCUCAGCGUCUGAAACCAAACAACAUGGAUAUCAGUUCUGAGCUGGAAAUGGUGCUACUUAAAGAACAGAAAUAUGAGGCACAGGAGCAGCUCAUGUACAAGCAAAUGUUUGAACCUCUUGUACAGAGUUCAGCUGGGAGCCUCACGGAGAAUGUUGUUAAAGUUCGACCAGAAUUUGAGAGAGUUGUUGAACAGACGAUACUGAGAUUUAUUGCUGAGCCUAAUAUGAAUGAACUGCAAUUUCCUAGCAGCUUGUCACCUGUGGAGAUUGCCUGUGUGACAGCAGCUGCAAAGGCUGCUGAGUGUAUUAUAAGUGUUAAGCCAAAUGGUGCUGAGACAAUCUUAAAAAUAAUGAAAAAAGCAGUACAGUAGCAACAUUUCUGGAGUCAGUGGUUAAAUUUUUGUUUUCUUUGUUGUCAAAGGCUUAUUGAAUGAGUUAUGAGUAUGCUGAUGGUUAAUUGAGGUUACGCUGUAAUGCAGCGUGAUAAAAAAAUUGAAUGGAAUUUUUUACAAUAAAUUAGUUUUUUGAUUUACUCUUGUUAAUUUGAAUUUGAUAAUUUCUUUUAUCUAAGAAAUGCCUAAAUUAUUAUUUUUUUUUUCUGAAAAUGUUAAGUUAGUAUUAAGAAUACUAUCUAAUUGAGACAUCAUCUUUGUAGCAAAACUCAGAUGCUGUGAAUUGUAAAAAUCUUGCUUACCCAGCUACUGUUGCAUUGAGAGCACAUACCCCCUUGUCAGGGAUUUUACUUCAUUACAUUUUGUUAGAAAUUGUUAAUCUAGUUUGACCUGACCUAAAAUAAUGUAUGUAAAGAAGUAGGCUGUGAGUCUGUUUGAAAACUUACUUUGUGCACAAAAUUCUGUCAUUACUCUCUCAACAUUAAUUAAUUCAGUUACAACCACACAGUUGCCUUUGGGGAGAGUUGUUAAAACAGACUAUGCUUAAAAUAAGGCUGGACAAGGUGAAUGCAUCUUGUUUGCAUAUGUUGCCUUUACCUACGAAAGUACCUUUAAUAAAAGUACAAUAAAUGAAGAAAUAAAAUAUUUAACUCUUGUAUGAAUAGGUAUAAUAAAUGGCAGCUGUACUUAGUAAUAGGGAAGUCCUUUAAUGUUGAGGGAAAUUAUUAUUACAUUAGUGUUUAGAUAUGUAAUUAUAAAGUUGCAUUGCUUGAAAAAUAAUUUGAGUACUGAAGUAUAUUUAACUCCAAAUCUCGCAUUAAUGUGAAAUCUUCGAGUACAGUAUCUGUGGGAUUGAAACUUGGGUUCCGAACAUUCCUAGGCUUGAGUGUUAAUUGCCAUAGCAAUCUUAUGUUAAGCAAGGAAGCAGAACCAGCAGACCUCACUGGGUUUCAUAUGUUCUGUGGGAACACCAGAACUUAAGUCUUGGAAGUAAAUAUAUCUAGUCCAGUUGCACCCAUCUGCAAUAUAUAUUUCAUAUUUCUAUUGUAAUGGAUCAAUGUUUUGGCAAGAUAUUUAGAAAAUUUUGUUUUUAAGAGAGAGACUGUAUUUUUUUGUAUUAUUAGGAAUUAAAAACUUGUGCUGUGAUUUAGUGCCAAAGUAUUACUUUAAAUAAAAUACAGCUUUAUUAAUUUACUGUAUAAAAAUCCUUGUUAAUAUAGAGGACAUUACGUUUGCUUCAUCAGAUAAGACCAGUUGACUUGCCACCCAUUAAUUUUGUUAAGGGUUAUUGUGACUUUCAUUAAUGUUAUGGGUUGUAUUUCCUUGGGUUUUAUUGUGAGUAAUUGAAUUCUUUCUUUCUUCUUUCAACACACUGGCUGUAUCCCACCGAGGUGGGGUGGCCCAAAAGGAAAAACGAAAGUUUCUCCUUUUGCAUUUAGUAAUAUAUACAGGAGAAGAGGUUACUAGCCCCUUGCUCCCGGCAUUUUAGUCGCCUCUUACAACACGCAUGGCUUACGGAGGAAGAAUUCUGUUCCACUUCCCCAUGGAGGUAAGAGGAAAUAAACAAGAACAAGAACUAGAAAGAAAAUAGAAGAAAACCCAAAGGGGUGUGUAUAUAUAUGCUUGUACAUGUAUGUGUAGUGUGACCUAAGUGUAAGUAGAAGUAGCAAGACAUACCUGAAAUCUUGCAUGUGUAUGAGACAGAAAAAAAAAAAGACACCAGCAAUCCUACCAUCGUGUAAAACAGUUA